UUGAACUACGUGAAGCACGCGUUUUUCGGGUGUACGAGUAUAUUAUUCCGCGGAGAAAGAUGAAACUAAACAAACACGUUUCUUCGUCGCGACGCAAGAGCCGCAAGCGGCACUUCCAGGCUCCAUCGCACAUCCGUAGGAAGAUAAUGUCAGCUCCACUGUCAAAGGAGCUGAAGCAGAAGUACAAUGUCCGCUCCAUGCCGAUCCGCAAGGACGAUGAAGUGCAGGUAGUGCGAGGACACUACAAAGGCAAUCAAGUUGGCAAGGUAGUGCAGGUGUACCGUAAGAAGUAUGUCGUGUACAUUGAACGUAUCCAGCGUGAGAAGGCGAACGGAUCGAAUGUUUAUGUCGGUGUACACCCGUCGAAGUGUGUGAUCGUCAAGCUGAAGAUGGAUAAGGAUCGUAAGAAGAUUCUAGAUCGCCGAGCGAAGGGACGUCUGGCCGCCCUCAACAAGGACAAGGGCAAGUACACCGAGGAAACUGCUACCGCCACCGCGAUGGAAACUGCAUCUUAAGUUUAAAAACAAAUCCCGCUUGUUUGUUGUGAGUCGGACUGAAUGUAUCCGUCAGAAUUAACAAGAUUGUGUGUGCGGUCGUGGAAAGCAGAAGAAUAAAAUGAAAGUAAGGAGAGAAAGUUAUA